AUGGCUGCCAGCGUGGCCCUCCUGGGGGGCGGCACAGAGGAGCCUGAGCCUCACAGCGAGCGCCCCCUCCAGCUCUGCAACCCGAACAUCGCCGCCAUGAAGGAGGACAUUCUCUACCACUUCAGCCUCAGCACCAGCUCGCAUGACCUGCCCGCCAUGUUCGGGGACGUGAAGUUCGUGUGCGUGGGGGGCAGCCCCUCCCGGAUGAGUGCCUUCAUCCAGUACGCGGCCGCGGAGCUGGGCCUGGGCCGGCCGGGCGAGGAGUACCCCAACAUCUGCGCGGGCACCGACCGCUACGCCAUGUUCAAAGCGGGGCCCGUGCUGUCCGUCAGCCAUGGCAUGGGCAUCCCCUCCAUCGCCAUCAUGCUGCACGAGCUGCUCAAGCUGCUGUACCACGCCCGCUGCUCCGGCGUCACCGCCAUCCGCAUCGGCACGUCGGGCGGCAUAGGUCUGGAGCCCGGCUCCGUGGUGAUCACCCGGCAGGCGGUGGACGCCUGCUUCAAGCCCGAGUUGGAGCAGCUGGUGCUGGGGCGGCGGGUGGUCCGCAGCUCCGAGCUGGACGCGCGGCUGGUGCGGGAGCUGGCGCAGUGCGCCGCCGACCUGGACCAGUUCCCCACGGUCGUGGGCAACACCAUGUGCACGCUGGACUUCUACGAAGGGCAGGGCCGGCUGGACGGGGCGCUGUGCUCCUACACGGAGCAGGACAAGCAGGAGUACCUGCGGGCGGCCCAUGCGGCCGGCGUCCGCAACAUCGAGAUGGAGUCGUCUGUGUUCGCCGCCAUGUGCAGCGCCUGCGGCCUCCCAGCGGCCGUGGUGUGCGUCACCCUCCUGGACCGCCUGCAGGGGGACCAGAUCGGCAGCCCCCACGACGUGCUGGCCGAGUACCAGCAGCGGCCGCAGCGGCUGGUCAGCCACUUCAUCAAGAAGAGCCUGGCAGGGGCCGCGGCCCCCGCAUCCCGGAGCGGCUGCCAGUGA